AUGGCGGGAGUUGGAACUCUGGAACCUUUCGACUUGCUAACCCCUGGGAAAUGGAAGGCGUAUCGAGAUCGCUUCGAGCUGUACCUUUUAGCGAAUGGCGUGGACCAGAACCGGAAGAAGGCGGCGUUUCUUACUCUAGCGGGCGCACCCCUUUAUGAGUUACUAGUGUCUUUAGCAUCACCCAGGCAAGUCAGUGAUUUGGAAUUAACAGAAGUCUAUGAUAUAUUAACCAGUCACUUGGCACCACGCCAAUCGGAGAUUGCUGCAUUCUACCAUUUCCACAUGCGUGAUCAGCAACCCGACGAGUCCGUCGGUAACUACAUGGCCACAUUAAGAAACCUGGCGGUAGGGUGCAAUUUCAGACAGAUGCUGGAUCGCAUGUUGCGGGACCGAUUUGUAUGUGGCAUGCGCGACGAAGGUCUUCAGCGAAGCCUACUAGCCGACCCAGAAUUGACGGUGCAGCGGGCCAUGGAACGAGCCGUCACUAGUGAAGCAGCCGCUGCGAGUGCGUUGUCGAUUCGAGGCGACAAUAUCCGACGCCUCGAGUCUUCGAGCACCGAGUCCAUCCACGGAAUAAGUUCGAGUUGUGCGGGUUGUGGGGGUCGGCACGUCCGUAAGAAGUGCCCGUUCCGCAACGCCACUUGUCAUUCCUGUGGUCGAACUGGCCACAUACGUAGGGUAUGCCGCAGUAACAGUCAAGCUGGGUCAACAAAAUUUUCAUCUCCUACGCCCAGUAAUAUGCGUAACAACAGGCCAUCGCACGGACGCGUUCAUCAAAUAGUUCCGGUGGUCAGCCCCAAGAAAUCUGUGGCCGUGGUCAUCAACGGUCGAUCAUGCCAGUUCGAAGUUGAUUCCGGGUCGCCCGUCACCAUCAUGAAGGAGUCUUCAUAUCGAUACAUCUGGCCAAACGGUAAUCCCGAUCUCGUCAAGUGCCACCUAAGUCAAGUAAAGCUAAGCGACUAUCAACGUAACCCCAUUCCGGUCAAGGGAAUCACAGACACGUCAAUCCACUACAACAAUCGCCGUAUCUGCAAUCUGCCAUUGGUCGUCACGUCCGGCACCGGGUCAAACCUUCUAGGAUGCAACUGGUUUGAACCCCUCGGAAUCCGCAUAGAAGGCAUUCAUGGCGUGCAGUGCGGAAAUGAUAUCGCGGAAAUUCUAAGAAAAUUCGACCAUUUGUUUUCAUCAGAACUUGGCCGGUAUACGGGGCCGCCAGUGGCCCUCAAAGUGGACCAGGAAGUUCUGCCGGUCAGACUACCACCGCGUCGAAUUCCUUACGCACUCCUCAAGCCAUAUGAAGAAGAAUUGGACCGUCUCUGUGCCCAAGGAAUACUUGAGCCUGUAGAGUACUCUGAGUGGGCCACUCCGACUGUCCCCAUAGUCAAGAAUGAUGGUUCCAUUCGAAUUUGUGGAGAUUAUAAGUCUACGCUUAACAGAGCGGUACAACCGCACUGCCAUCAAAUUCCUGCAAUCAACACGCUAUUAGCUUCGAUAGAAGGAGGCUCAAUUUUCGCAAAAAUAUAUUUGUCCCAAGCGUAUCAACAAUUGGUAGUAGACGAGAAAUCAGCUUUGAUGCAAACAAUCGCUACUCACAAAGGAGCAUUUAAGGUAACAAGACUACAAUUCGGAAUUUCAGCUGCCCCAGGAAUAUUCCAAAGCUGCAUUGAAAGAAUACUGCAAAAUAUACCGGGCGUCCUUCCGUAUUUUGACGAUAUUGUAAUUAUGGGUAAAUCAGAAGAAGAACUUGCGAGUAGAUUAGGCGAAGUUCUAGCCCGUAUGGACCAGGCAGGAUUACGUCUGCGCAAGGACAAAUGUCAGUUUGGGGCAUCUUCCAUCGAAUUUCUUGGAUUCAAAGUUGACGCUCUCGGCAUUAGGCCAUCAGCCGACAAAGUUAGAGCCAUCCAUGAGGCGCCACCACCAAAAGAGAAAAAACAGUUGCAAGCGUUUCUGGGACUGACCAAUUUUUAUCACUCAAUUUUGCCCCAGAAAGCCACCAUUGCGGAGCCAUUACAUAAACUUCUAGACAAGAACGUACAAUGGACAUGGCGUCCAGAGCACCAAAAAGCAUUCGCAGAACUAAAGAAUCUGAUCGCAUCGGAUGCGGUCCUAAUUCAUUACUCUCCGGACCGCCCACUGAUCUUAACAUGCGAUGCGUCACCAUACGGGUUAGGAGCAGUGCUUAGCCACGAAAUAGAAGACGGAACACAGAAACCGAUUGCGUUUUACUCUCGCACGCUGUCAAAGGCAGAGAGGAACUACUCCCAGAUCGACAGAGAAGCGCCGGGAACAAAAAUAAGUAAUGCAGAUUUCCAAAGCCGCUGCCCAACGUCGGAUAUACACUAUGAGCCUAGAACGGAAGAAGUUUUCAUGAUCGAAUGGGCAACUGGUCCCACUGUCACCGCGAACACCCUAGCUACCAACACGUCUAAGGAUUGCAGCCUCAUAAAGGUGCUCAACUGGGUGUUAAGGGGAUGGAGUAGUGCUAAAGUUCAGCGUAAUGAUGACCUGUAA